AAUACCAACAUGGCCGCCAACAGUAGCCUGUUGCAUCGAUGUCAAGAAUUUCUUAUUUCUGCCGAUAAUUCUUGAACGGCAAUAAUUCAGGGACCUAAGCAUGUUUAGACAAGGUCUAUUCUUUCCAGUUCUACUGGUUUUUGUUUACGUCUUGGGUAUUUUACUGGUUGAAGUCGAUGGCAAGGUUGUUCGUGGUGUGUUCAGCUCCAAACAAGCGCGCAUAGAUGGCGGUCAGCUGAUUACGAUGUUUUCCUUUCAUGGUGAAGGACUGAUCAAAUACAAACUUAACCAGACCUCAAAUGGAAAACUGUACUUUUAUAUUGAGGAGAAAUGGCCAUCCGUCAUGGCUGUUUCUCAGUGCAAAGACAAGAUUGCAAUGUCUCAGUAUUCUCACUCUUUAACUGGCACGGAGGGCAAGUUGCAGUUUGACUCAUGGUCCGACCAGUAUCUCUGGUAUCUGGUCUAUGCCGACAACGUGUCAUGCGAUCCUAGUGCCCUUGUUUUUGCUGACAUUGAGUUUACUCUUGAGCUGUAUAACCCUGAUUCCAAGGGGCAAGCAAGUAACCACUUCAGCUAUGAUGAGAGUGGUCUGCUAUCGUUUUAUGAGAUUCUUGGCUUCUUGUAUUUUGCCUGUGCUAUCAUGUAUGGACAAAGACUGUGGCAGACAAUACAAAAGGGAGGCCCAAUGCAUCUGGUCAUCAAAGUCUUGACCAAGGCUAUGAUGUACCAUGGAGCUGCUGUUUUCUGUAUUUUAAUUCACUUUUUCAGAUACUCAGGAGAUGGCAUUGGGUACACUUGGAUAUAUGGUUUGUCCACUGUAUUGCAGGGGUUUGCUGAGUAUGAAAUGCUCUCCAUGAUGGCGAGGCUAUGUAUCGGCUACACUUUGAGCUCAUCAUGUGUCACAGGUGACCCACAAGUUAUCCGGCACAUGAAAAUUGGUGUAGCUGUCGUCAGCUCUAUGAAGGUGUUGCUGGAGAUUCUGGGUGUCACCUUGGCUGUCAUCUUGCUGCAGUUGGUCAUUGCCGUCUCUUUUAGCUUUUUUAUUAGUAGAAAAAUCAAUGAAGAGCGGAGUUCCCUUAGAAAAGAGUUUUAUAGCAAAUUUAUAAAGGGUUGUCUAGUCUGGAUACUGGCUUUCCCUGUUCUUGUAUUUAUAUCAUCACUUUUAGCAUUUCAUAGGAGAUUAAAGGUUCUGACGUGGGGUCAAGAGACAGCUCGUUGCGCGGUUAUACUCUGGUUGUACCGGCUUUUCCUGUCUCGGAGCCUGUACUGGGAAGUGUCCUCUCUCUCUGCUUCUACUCUUCCUCUUCGGCACGACAAAGGUUACGGAAAUAAGAACUACAACUCGGAGAAAAGAACUAUUGGUAUCCAUAAAUCCGUGUUUAUCGAUUGACAUACGAUAUUUUAAGGUUGUUAAGCAUGACCAGUUAAGCAUGUGCAAGGUGGGUGUGGUUUUCUGAAUGCAGGCGAAAAGUUAGAACAAUCUACCAGAUCCAUUUUCGCCGUUGACUGUUUUACUGGUUGCGGUGCAAAUUUUGUCUUCGUCAAUCUGGUUUGAAAUGGUGCAAUAGAAAGGGAUAUAAUUUAGCGCCACUCUCUUCAGCUUGAUAGGUAAAUUGUUAGGAACCUUGUUGGAGGAAGUUUCCUGUGUUAUGGAGAAAGAUAUUCUAAGAGGGUAAACAUAUAUUGAAAAUUAUAUUGAGAAAUAAAAAAAGAUAUUUUAA